UUAAAAUUACCAGCUCAAAAUCCAAACGGGUCAAAAGUGGAUUUUCCAGCAGGGUGACUUUUCCAGUUCAAUUUAUGUUACGUUUUGUCGUGCUUUUGUUGUUUAUAUUUCUUGGUGAGCCUGUCAGACAACAGACUACACUGUAUGUACUGUACCUGUAUGUGAGUUUACAUCACAACCGCCUCUGAGGUGUGACCGCGUGGUUGGUUGCUAGAAAAAUUGUGGGCACUGAGCAGACAGUCAAUGCCAGCUAGCCUUGUACAUUACUGGUUCAUUUAUUUUUCAGGAUAUUUAUCUAGACCUGUGAUCAGAGCUAGAAAUGUAGGCUAUACUGUUGCACUGUCUUUCAGGUCAUGUAGGAAUAACAGAAACAGGAAGUAUGAUGUUAAGGAAACACUCAGAGUACAGUCAGUAGGAGCCCUUCCCCCUUUCACACUGGCCAAUCCCUUCGGCUCUGGAGAGGAGGACCGCAGGCUGCUGCAGAGCUACAUCAAGGCCAACGUAAAGGAGGGACAUGGAGGACCGGAUAGCACCUGGGAACAAGAGGUGUUCUUCCUGUUCAGUCUCCAUGACUAUGACCGCAGCGGUCACAUGGACGGCCUGGAGAUAAUGAAGCUGCUCUCUGAAUACAACUCCCACAAUGCACCUGGAGGACAGUCAGCAGAGACGGUGGUGGCCAUGGUAGACUUUCUCCUGCAGACUCAGGAUCUAAACCAGGACGGUCUAAUAGCUCCCCCUGAGCUUCUCUCUCCUCCCAAACUACAACAGCCAGACGCUAACUCCCAGGGUGCACCUGAACAGGAAGGGGGUGUAGAUGUCAAAGAGGGAGUCAACGUUGAGGAACCAAAACAAGAGGCAGAGCAGGAAGAGGAAGCAGAGGAACGGCUCAUUGAGGAAGACUCAAGGCCAGGAGAUGGACAGUAAAUUAAGACAUGAACAUUCUAUACAGGAAAAGGCAAAAGGACCACAUAUCCCAUAGGCCACUGCUGCUGAUCAUGAGCAACCAAGGCCUGCUCCUGUACUACAUCAGGGGCAACCUGAGAUGUAAACAAUUAUAAUACGCAAACAGCACAACUAUAAUACUUCCGUCCAGAGAGUUGAGUCAGCCAAUAGCAGGAGCCUGUUCACUGACAUGCAGAGUUACCCAAUCACAGCCUCUCAUCCCCCUUUGAGGGUCUUGUUUCAGUUCAAAGCUGAUGGAUUGUCUGCUUUUUUGGUACAAAGUCAAGGUAUGUCAGCCAUAUUGUUUAUGCUGCUGUUACAUUUCAUCAUUGCUCUUCUGAACAAGAAACUCAGGUUUGAAAUGUGUUCUGUGCCAAAAGAUACUAUGCAUUACACUGCUAAAUAGCAGAAAAGGUAUGGACAGAGUUAAGAAAUGUGGAAAAUCCCUGAAGCUCAUGAUUUGGCAUCAUUACUGCAUUUGAGGGACAUUGUUUUACUGGGAGCUCAGCUCAAGAACCUUGGUCCCUUAUGCCACCUGCAAACUAAAACUUGAGUUGUACAAAGACUUGCUUCCCUGCACAGCCCCAAUGCAGAGUAGCCCUCUUUCUCCGAGUUCCUUUCAAAUCCAUGAAGGGAAUGAACAAAUACACACAUUGGGGAGAAGGGUCAUCUACAAUUUAGGUUAGGAUGUUCUCUCAUGUAAUUAAAAUACAUUUUUGGAAUUUAAGAAACAAAUGAAUAUUUGGUUUACUGUAUGUUUUCCUGAAUUGAAGGUUUGUAUAUUUAAGACUAAACAAAAUAAAGCUCAAAUUAAUGCUAA